AUGGAGCAAUUUGCACUCCAGUCGGCGCAUUCCGGCGCUAUCAAGCAUCUCCACCUCAUUCAAUUCUCCCCGAACACUGCUGGGCUCGCGAGGGAAAUCCGGCUGGCCGUGACUGUCGUCGUAAUUGGCUGGGUCACCGUUACCGGUAUCAGGGCAUUCUUUGAACGUGCAAGACGUUAA